UUUUCAGGUGGUCGAUGCUACCAAGCAGGGGUAGUAGUAGUGGUCAUUGGACAGGUGACAAAGCCUCUCUAUGUGCAAAGCUUACAUCGACAUUCCUGGGGGUGAACAUUUCUACAAAAUGCGAUUAGUAAACAUCCCAAUGCUCAAUUUUGUGACAAAGCAGCAUUAAUCUUAAGAAGAGUCAAGGCUAUCAGCUCUGCAUGAUUAAAGUAUAUAUUGUCCCCAUCCCUCCAUUUCAAUUCUCAAACUCAUAAACAUCAAAUCGCACUACAAGAUACAUUAUGUCUACUGAAGGAAAAUCCGUCUUCUUGACUGGGGGCAAUGGCUUUAUAGCUUCUCAUAUCCUUUCUCUUCUGAUUGAGAGCGGGUACGAACCUGUUGCUAGUGUCCGGUCCCCUACGAAAGCCAAUCAAAUCCUCGAACUUCAUCCAGAAUGGGUGGGAAAGGUCAAGUUUGCAUUUGUGCCUGAAAUCACAACACCUGGAGCUUUUGACCAUGUUUUUAAAGAUCAAGCUCAAAAAGGCGGCUUUGAUUCCAUCGUUCAUACUGCGUCUCCAGUAACAUUUGCUGUCAAGGACGUGAAGAAAGACCUAAUAGACCCGGCUGUUCAUGGCACUACCGAAAUUCUCAAAGCUACUCACGAACUAGGAGACAAGCAGGUGAAGCGUUUUGUUUUACUUGGUAGUGCUGUGUCCGUUCUUGAUUCAUUCGAAGAUUUAAAUGCUCCUGAAGGGAGACCUUAUACCGAAGAUGAUUGGAACCCUGCGACUGAGCAUGAUGCAGUAUCAUCUCAAAAUCCUCUCAUCGGAUACAAUGUUGGCAAAAAAAAUGCCGAGCUAGCGGCCUGGUGCUUCAUGAAAGAAAAGAAGCCGGCUUUUGAGCUGGUUGUGAUCAAUCCUGAUGUAGUCCUCGGCCCUAUACUCCAGCCUGUCCCCAGCCCGAAAAAUGUCAACGAAACCAACGAGUUCGCUUGCUAUGCUUUCAUUAAUGGCACUCAUGAGACCGUUGGUGAUGCCAUGUUUGCCUUUUGGGAUUUUGUUGAUGUUCGCGAUGUGGCUCUUUUACAUAUCAUCGCACUCACCUCCCCUCGUAUGGCUAACAAACGUCACAUUAUCUCCGCGGGUCCUCUCUCGCCACAGUUGGUUGUAAAUAUUAUUCGGAAGAAUUUCCCAGAACUGGAAGGGAGGUUACCGAAAGGCGGUGAUGAAAAGGAAGUUUUCCCCAAAGGCCUACGCCCCACUCAAUUAAACAACGCCAGGAGUUUAGAAAUAAUUCGACAAGCCAAAAGCCAAGGUUGGAACUUCAAAAAUUUAGAAGAAUGCAUUGUUGGCUCAGUGAAGUCAUUGCUUGAGCUGGAGCAGAAAUGGAGCUCUCAAGCUGCCCACUGACAGCAAAAUUCUGAACGUUUGCAGCAUUACGAGAACUUCUGAUUUGCUCGACCUAUCCCAAAUACAUUCUUUUGUUUUCAGAGGCGUGGUGUACAAACUUAAAGCUUUAUCUAUGACAUAUCAAUUGC